GACAUUAAAUCAUACUUAAGUAAUAUCCUAUACACAAAUAAAUGAUAAAAUACCAGGUUAGCUGCAAAGUAAAUAUGGAUUUUCCUAACUGAGUCGGCAUUGGAUAAUCACAGUUAAUCACAUACAUUGAUGAAUAGAUAAGACAGCUACUAUAAAAGCGACAAAGCUGAGACAUCACUAUGUUAGUUAUACGUACUAUUGAAAGGGAUCUGUGUCACGGUAAAAUGAUAGAGCGAAAAGUAUUUAAAUAUCUUGCCAUCAUUUUUACGGUAAUUACUUGGUGUGAUGGAUUUAUAAAUGGCCCCAGAACUACUCAACAAGAACAGCUAUGCUAUAAUAAGCCUUACGGUUAUAAGAUUGCCGAUACAACUGACUGCUUGGGAUAUUUUAUCUGUCACGGCGCCAUGAUCAUUCAACAAUAUUGUCCACCUGGGCAGCGAUUUUAUGCUUCUUUGCAGACGUGUCAGAAUGGAAAGUGUCCACCCUGUGAUUGUCAGAUUGAUUGUAGCAAUGCUUCUGAUGGCACCUUAUUUGGCGAUUGUAAACAUUGCCGACUCUUCUGGCAAUGCAUUAGUGGACGCGCAGUACUCCGCUUUUGUGAGCUUGGCAAAUGGUUUGAUAGCGCUAAAUACGUUUGCAAUUACCCGGACUUGGUGCAGAACUGUCCCGCUAAUCAAGAUUAA